CUGUGUGUUUCGGGUGUGUGUGAGCUCAAACUUGGCAUUAAACACGCGAUCAGAUCAGAGGAGAUUAUUUCUGACCACAGCAGCAGACUCUGACUGAUCAUCUGGAUGCGGACUAUCCGAUCCGACGCUGACGCUAAGACGAAAACCGCUGUUUAAUGUCGUAAAAAUGCGCUUUAAUGAGACGAAACUGCUGUCAGAGAGCUGAAGAUGCGAUUCAACGAGAAGGAGCUGGUGUUUCUGAGCCGCCAGCCGUCGGAGAGAGCGGCCGAGCUGGGCAUGAGAGGCCCGAAGAAAGGAGACGUUGUGAAGAGGCGUCUAGUGAAACUGAUCGUUAAUUUCCUGUUUUACUUUCGGACCGAUGAGGACGAGCCCAUCGGCGCUCUGCUGCUGGAACAGUGUCGCGUGGAGAGAGAAGACGAUCAUGUUUUCUCCAUCGCGUUUCUGGACGAAGCCGAGAGGAAGUAUCUGUUCGAAUGUGGUUCUCAGGAACAGUGUGUCGAGUGGAUCGAUGCCAUCGUUAAAGCCAGUUAUGAAUUCAUGCGCAAGAACCUGAUCUACUAUCGCACGGAAAUCCAUCGACUCACCGGCAAGGACCCGCUGGAGCAGUAUGGGAUAUCAGACGAAACGCGCUUUCAGGUCAACAGCGGUCUUCCUCCGCCGCCCACAUAAACACACACGUUCUCUGCUGUUUGGGGUUUUUACUUUUUCUUCUUUUUCAGUCUGCCAGUAUGCAUUACUGUACAUUCUGUAACCUUUCCUUUUAUGUGAGUUAUGGGGGAAAAUACGUAAUAUUACUGUAAUAAAUGUCUGCUGACUUUGAGCCAAUUGCAAUUAAAGUUUCUUCCCCAUAUCAAG